UUGCCUUUUAUCUCCUUCGUAUGAUAUAUUCAUAAGAGCCUUUAUUAAUUUGAUAAUCUACCAAGUUAUACGUUUCUUUACGUGGUUAUAUCUAAAAAUCGAAACAAAAAACAUCAAGUCAAUCAACGCUUAAAUGGAUCGAGAGAAACGUUCGUUCGUUAAAUAAGAGGUCAAGCACAAUCGCUUAUGCGCGUGUGUUUUAUGUCUCUUCGAAUUAUCUCUUUUAUUAAAUAUCAUACGUCGAAUGCAUUCCGAUCAUUCGCAGUCUGUGCAAAGAGGCAAAUUGACGAGAAGAAUUUAUAUUGCUGCGGAGAAGAAGCGUGUAAAGUAAAACAGUGCCAUCCGACAAUCACAUUCGUAAAUAACACUUGCGCCCGAAAGAUUAAGAUAGAAAAGAGAAGAUUCCGAGCGCUAGUUUUAUCGCUAACGCCCUAAAGUGAUACAGCAGUAUUAUCGUGAGGAACAGUAACGAAAGAGAUUACCAGCUACAAGUCUCUAUAAAUAAUACAGUGUACAUCUACGGACGAUGCGACAGCGGCACAAUGGGAAUUUCCAGGAACAAAUCAAUCAGCGCGGAAAAUCUGCUGAGAUCCAGCUUGACAAACGGAGAAGAAGAGCACUGGAGCGACAAUAUGUCGACGACUCCAGAAUUGACAGUCAGACGGCCGGUCUACCAGCAGGACGAGCUUAAUCACUUGUGUAAAUACGUGAAGCCCAAGAGAAUCCUUAGCAAUGAAAUGUCAAGACGAUGCAAAAGUAUCAAGCCAAUUAAGUUUUUAAAAAAAUCGAUACCUCUAAUCGACUGGCUUUCUUCGUAUGAUUGGAAGAACAAUAUUUUGGGAGAUGUUAUUGCCGGAAUUACUGUUGCUGUAAUGCAUAUUCCACAAGGUAUGGCAUAUGCUAUUCUGGGCAACGUUCCGCCGAUUGUUGGUAUAUACAUGGCUUUUUUCCCGGUCUUGGUGUAUUUUUUUCUCGGCACAUCCAGACACAACUCCAUGGGUACGUUCGCGCUCGUCUGCAUGAUGACUGGAAAAGUCGUUACCACAUACAGUACCAGUGCAAUUUCAGUAAAUAGCACGUCAGCCGAGAACGGUACCUUAAUUUCCGACAUAAGCCAUCAAUAUUCGCCGGUGGAGGUUGCAACCGCAGUCACAUUCACGGUUGCCAUUAUACAGUUAGGAAUGUACGUGCUGCGUUUGGGCAUAAUCUCGUCUCUCCUCGCGGACAGCCUCGUGAGUGGUUUCACGACUGCAGCGGCGAUGCACGUGUUUACAUCGCAAAUAAGGGAUCUCUUCGGGCUGAGCGACCUGCCACGGCGCAGGGGUGCGUUCAAGCUUAUUCUCACUUAUGUAGACAUUUUCAAUAGUUUGAACGACGUCAAUAUAACCGCCGUAAUAUUAUCUUGCAUCACUAUUUUAGCACUUAUCUUCAACAACGAAGUUCUUAAGCCAAGAGUCUCAAAGUUAUGUCCCUUCCCAAUUCCUAUAGAAAUGCUUGCGGUAGUAAUCGGUACUCUGGUAUCAAUGCAAAUGAAUCUGGCGGAUACUUAUAGCGUGAUAACUGUCGGCGAUAUACCGGUGGGAUUGCCAGUCCCAUCAAUGCCACCGUUAUCGCUUAUACCUAACAUCUUAGUGGACAGUUUCGUGAUUACCAUGGUCGCUUACACAAUAUCGAUGUCUAUGGCAUUGAUUUUCGCGCAAAAGAUGGGUUAUGAGAUUGAUUCCAAUCAAGAAUUGGUAGCGCAGGGACUAGGUAAUCUUGUAGGCUCCUUCUUUUCCUGCAUGCCUAUCACGGCUUCAUUAUCCAGAACGUUGAUUCAGCAAACUGUGGGCGGACACACACAGCUGGCAAGCUUAAUAUCAUGCGCAAUCCUGGUCAGCGUAUUGCUAUGGAUCGGUCCAUUCUUUCAACCUUUGCCACGCUGUGUUCUAGCGAGCAUAAUCGUGUUGGCGUUGAAAGGGAUGCUGAUGAAGGUCACCGAAUUCGUGAGAUUCUGGAGAUUGGACAAGAUGGAUGCCGGCAUUUGGGCCGUCACAUUUGUCAUAGUAAUCCUUUUUGAUGUAGAGUACGGUUUAUUGGUCGGCAUACUUCUUUGCAUCGCGCGAUUACUCGUCCUUGCGGUACGCCCUUAUACGUGCAAGCUCGCUCUAGCACCCGGUACCGAGCUCUAUCUGGAUGCCAGGAGAUACAAAGGAACCGUAGAAAUUCCUGGUAUAAAAAUCUUCCAUUAUUCCGGCAGCCUGAACUUUGCAUCCAGGCAAUAUUUUCGCGAGAAAGUAUAUAAGACUGCGGAGCUAGUGCCUCGAAAAGAACUAAACAGACGUCUGAAAGUCUCGUGUUACGGCACCGCGGCAGAGGAAAUUAAAAAGCUACGCAUUCUUAUAUUGGACUUCACCGCGUUGUCGCACGUCGAUCUGGCAGGUGCGAAUGCGAUGCGAAACAUCGUCAAUGAGUAUUCUGACAUAGGAGUGUCUGUUUAUAUAACGGGUUGUUCUGGUCCAGUUUAUGAAACGAUGAGGAAAUGCAGCCUGGUCGAGCACAACGACAAUCAUUUUUUCGCCAUGUUUCCCACCAUCGCCGACGCGGUGCAUUUCGCACGUUCUCACAGCGAGAUGCCGAUGAUACCUGCGUUGAAUACUCGAAUACAGGAUGAGAACUGUAUUAGCAGACUAUGAGACUCGCAUAACGUUUGUAACGCGAUAUCGAAAAAAGAACGAGUAGUCGUUUCCCCUUAUUAUUAUCGCGAAUAUUUAUAAACGUUAUCACGAAAAUUGAAGCACAUGAUGCAGCUUAUUUAAUGUAGAUGCUAAUAUAAGUAUUCGACUGCAAUGUUGACUGUUCAAUCGUGCGCGGACAGUUUUAUAUAUUUUUGAUAAAUCUUAACUAACACUAAGUUUCUCGAAAAAAAAUGUCGCGAAUCCUUAAAUGUGUGACAACAAAUUAUUUAUGACACAGUAGAUGAAAAAUAGGUACAAGUUAAACUCGAAACGCCGACAGAAUAUAAUAAUAAAAUUAAAUAAAUAAAAGUUAUUGAUUAAUAAUAGUUAUAUAGCGACUCAUUAUUAUAUUAGCAAAAUCUCAAUUCAUAAAACUUUAUAUGAAAAUUUAUAAGACAAUGCACGAGCAGCUUUUCGUACAAACAAAGAUGAAAUGUCAAUGUUUGAUGUCUCAUCGAAACAUCACAUAUAAUUAAAUUCAUCAUCAAGAAAUAAGAUAACACAAGUUGAAGAAUUUAUAAGACAACGCACGAGCAGCUUUUCGUACAAAUAAAGAUGAAAUGUCAACGUUUGAUGUCUCAUCGAAACGUCAUAUAUAAUUAAAUUUAUCAUCAAGAAAUAGGAUAACAUAAAUUGAAGAGUUCACAUAACACGGAGUAGAACGGAGUCAUUGUUAGUCAUUUGUGAAUUAAUAAAUAAUAUAAAUAUAAAAAAGAUUUGUAACAAUAUUUCUCAAUAGCAAAAUUAAUAAUAAAGAAAAAUUUUUAAAU